AUUAGUAGGGUUUUUGCUAGUGUAUUAGUAACAGUGGCUUCUUUCAACAUUUGGGUCUCGCCAUGUUUUCAAGCCUUGGGUUCUAACGUUUAGCAGUUCCUCGUACCAUUCGAAUCUUUGUUGCUCUCUUCUUUUCAAUCGAAGGUAGACGCCAUGGAGGCCACUGCUUGGAAUGUUGCAGCAAAAGAAUUUUUGUUGGGCUCAAAUAGACAGAAAAUAGCUUUAUCAAGGCAUUCAGUUAGGCAGAACCUGCUUUGGGGUGUAACUCCAAAGCAAGGUCCUCUCAAGUUUACUAAUAAAAAUGCCGGAGUACGAUCAGAUCUUUCUGCAAAGGUCAAAGCAGUAGUUUCUGGGAAUGUAAACACAUUACUAGGUGAGGAGGCAAGCAAGGUUCAACAGCCUGCAGAAAGUGUUGUUCAUUUUUAUCGUGUCCCGUUGCUUCAAGAUAGUGCAACUGCAGAACUUCUCAAGUUGGUUCAAACAAAAAUCUCACAUCAAAUAAUUGGCUUGAAAACUGAGCAGUGCUUCAAUAUUGGUUUGAAUUCUGAUCUUCCAAGUGAGAAGCAUGCUGUGCUUAAGUGGGUUUUGGGAGAGACAUAUGAGCCUGAGAAUUUGGGGACUGAAAGUUUUCUACAUAUUGAUAAGACCAAAAAUUUAGAUGCAGUUAUUGUGGAAGUUGGCCCACGCUUGUCUUUCACUACAGCUUGGUCUGCCAAUGCAGUUUCAGUUUGCCAAGCUUGUGGGUUGACAGAGAUUACUAGAAUGGAACGUUCGAGGAGAUACCUGUUAUUUCUUGAGCCUGGAAGUGGUCCGUUGCUUGAUAGUCAAAUCAAUGAGUUUGCUGCUAUGCUGCAUGAUCGAAUGACUGAGUGUGCUUACCCUGAGAAGCUUACUUCUUUUGAGACAAGUGUCAUUCCAGAGGAGGUUCGCUUCAUACCAGUCAUGGAGAGGGGCCGCAAAGCAUUGGAAGAAAUAAAUGAGAAAAUGGGUUUGGCCUUUGAUGAACAAGAUUUACAAUAUUACACUAAGCUCUUCAGGGAUGACAUUAAACGGAACCCAACAAAUGUUGAGUUGUUUGAUAUUGCACAGUCUAAUAGUGAACAUAGCAGGCAUUGGUUCUUCACUGGGAAACUAGUAGUAGAUGGUCAGCCUGUAAAUAGAACUCUUAUGCAAAUUGUUAAAAGCACUUUAGCGGCAAAUCCAAACAAUUCUGUUAUUGGAUUUAAGGACAACUCCAGUGCUAUCAAGGGAUUUUUAGUCAAGCAUUUGCGACCUAUUCAUCCUGGUUCUUCAUGCCCCUUGCAAACUAGUGCUCAUGAUCUUGAUAUCUUAUUUACCGCUGAAACACACAAUUUCCCAUGUGCUGUAGCUCCAUAUCCUGGAGCAGAGACCGGUGCAGGAGGCCGCAUCAGGGAUACACAUGCUACUGGAAGGGGUUCUUUCGUUGUUGCAUCUACAGCUGGAUAUUGUGUUGGCAAUCUUAAUAUUGAAGGGUCAUAUGCUCCAUGGGAAGAUCCUUCAUUCCAAUACCCAGCAAACUUGGCUUCACCAUUGCAGAUCCUCAUUGAUUCCAGCAAUGGAGCAUCUGACUAUGGGAAUAAAUUUGGUGAGCCCUUGAUUCAGGGUUAUACGAGGACCUUUGGAAUGAGACUCCCAAGUGGUGAAAGGAGGGAAUGGUUGAAACCAAUCAUGUUUAGUGCAGGUAUUGGGCAAAUUGAUCACAACCAUAUAUCAAAGGGUGAGCCUGAGAUUGGAAUGUUAGUUGUUAAGAUUGGAGGCCCAGCAUAUCGCAUAGGAAUGGGAGGCGGGGCAGCAUCAAGCAUGGUUAGUGGCCAAAAUGAUGCUGAGCUUGAUUUCAAUGCUGUACAGCGUGGAGAUGCAGAGAUGGCACAGAAGUUGUAUCGUGUUGUUCGUGCCUGUGUAGAAAUGGGACAGAAUAACCCAAUUGUCAGCAUUCAUGAUCAGGGUGCCGGUGGAAACUGCAAUGUUGUCAAGGAAAUCAUACAUCCUCAGGGUGCUGAGAUUGAUAUAAGGGCAGUUGUAGUUGGUGACCACACUAUGUCCGUCCUUGAGAUUUGGGGAGCUGAAUAUCAAGAGCAAGAUGCAAUAUUGGUCAAACCUGAAAGUGGCAGUCUUCUACAGGCAAUUUGUAAGAGGGAAAGGCUACCGAUGGCUGUUAUUGGAACAAUUAAUGGUGAGGGGCGCAUUACUUUGGUGGAUGGCUUAGCUGUUGAAAGAUGCAAAUCUGACGGACUUCCUCCUCCUCCACCAGCUGUGGAUCUUGAGCUUGAGAAAGUUCUUGGGGAUAUGCCUCAAAAAACCUUUGAACUUCAUCAUGUGAAUAAUGUGCUAGAGCCUCUUGAUAUUGCUCCUGGGACAACAGUUAUGGAAACUUUGAAGAGGGUAUUGAGGCUUCCUUCUGUCGGUUCAAAAAGGUUCUUGACCACUAAAGUUGAUAGGUGUGUUACUGGUCUAGUGGCACAGCAGCAAACCGUGGGUCCCUUGCAAAUAACACUUUCUGAUGUUGCUGUUAUUGCUCAAACUUACACCGACUUUACUGGAGGUGCUUGUGCAAUUGGAGAACAACCGAUUAAAGGUCUUUUGGAUCCAAAAGCAAUGGCAAGACUAGCUGUUGGGGAAGCACUCACAAAUCUUGUAUGGGCAAAAGUUACAUCCCUUUCAGAUGUGAAAGCUAGUGGGAAUUGGAUGUAUGCUGCAAAGCUAGAUGGGGAAGGAGCUGCCAUGUAUGAUGCUGCCAAUGCUCUUUCAGAAGCUAUGAUUGAACUUGGCAUUGCAAUUGAUGGUGGGAAGGAUAGUCUUUCAAUGGCUGCCUAUGCUUCAGGGGAAGUUGUGAAGGCUCCUGGAAACUUAGUCAUCAGUACCUAUGUAACUUGUCCUGACAUAACAAAAACAGUUACACCAGACUUGAAGCUUGGAGAUGAUGGUAUACUGCUCUACAUUGACUUGGCAAAGGGAAAGAAGCGUCUUGGUGGAUCUGCUCUUGCUCAGGUUUUUGGUCAAAUUGGGUAUGAGUGUCCUGAUCUUGAAGAUGUUUCUUACCUUAAAACAGUUUUCAAUGAGGUUCAGAAUCUCCUCUCUGGUGAUCUUAUUUCUGCUGGUCAUGAUAUCAGUGAUGGAGGACUUCUUGUUGGCAUCCUUGAAAUGGCUUUUGCUGGGAAUUGUGGUGUUUCAUUGAAUUUGACGUCAGAAGAUAGUAGUGUAUUCCAAACACUUUAUGCAGAAGAGCUUGGCCUUAUCCUUGAGGUUAGCUGGGAGAACUUGGAGGUGGUCUUGGCAAAGCUCCACAGUGGUGGUGUUACUGCUCAAGUCAUUGGACAAGUUACUGCUUCUCCAAUGGUAGACCUGAAAAUUGAUGGUGUUUCUUAUUUGAAUGACAAAACUUCUCUACUGCGUGACAUCUGGGAAGAUACCAGUUUUGAACUGGAAAAGUUCCAAAGGUUAGCCUCUUGUGUGGAGCUAGAAAAAGAAGGUUUGAAGAAUCGGCGUGAACCUUCAUGGAAUUUAUCCUUCAAACCAGAUUUCACCAAUGGGAAAUAUAUGACUGCGACGUUAAAACCUAAGGUUGCUGUAAUUCGAGAGGAAGGUAGCAACGGAGACAGAGAGAUGUCUGCAGCUUUCUAUGCUGCAGGAUUUGAACCGUGGGAUGUUGCAAUGUCAGACCUUCUGAAUGGACUCGUAUCAUUGCAUGAAUUUCGCGGGAUUGUGUUUGUUGGAGGUUUUAGUUAUGCUGAUGUGCUUGAUUCUGCAAAAGGUUGGGCAGCUUCAAUACGCUUUAAUCAACCUCUAUUAAAUCAAUUUCAAGAAUUCUAUAAUCGUCCAGACACUUUCAGUCUUGGGGUUUGCAAUGGUUGCCAACUUAUGGCUCUUUUAGGUUGGAUACCGGGGCCACAGGUUGGAGGUGUUCUUGGUAAAGGAGGAGACCCAUCACAGCCAAGGUUCACACACAAUGAGUCUGGACGGUUUGAAUGUCGCUUUACAAGUGUCGCAAUACAAGAAUCACCAGCCAUAAUGUUCAAAGGGAUGGAGGGUAGUACUCUAGGUGUCUGGGCAGCGCAUGGUGAAGGAAGAGCUUAUUUCCCCGACGGUAGUAUUUUAAAUCAGGUUCUUGAUUCGAACUUGGCCCCAGUGAGAUAUUGUGAUGAUGACGGUAAACCAACAGAAGUUUAUCCGUUCAAUCUGAAUGGUUCACCCCUCGGUGUGGCUGCAAUUUGUUCUCCCGAUGGGAGGCACCUUGCUAUGAUGCCUCACCCUGAACGCUGCUUCUUGAUGUGGCAGUUCCCAUGGUAUCCGAAGCACUGGGAUGUUGAUAAGAAAGGGCCCAGUCCUUGGUUGCGUAUGUUCCAAAAUGCCAGAGAAUGGUGCUCAUGAGAUCUUUGGUGGACUAAAGAGGCAUAUUUUUUCUUUAUUUCCUGUUCCGAAACGCUUAUCAAAUCAAAUCAAAAGAGAGAAGGAAGAGCACAGUUCUAAAGUAUGAGAUGGAAGAAGUUGUGUUGCUUAGUUUUCCCUUUUCGAUGUAAAUCACAUAAAUUUUGAAUAGAAGUUUAUUUCCAUUUCAUCACUGAUGUAAUUCUCAAAAUACUUUCUGCUUCAAAAACGAGGCAUCAAAUUUGGAUCUUUGAAAUUACUUACACAGGGUGGGCUUUUCUUUUAAGCCUGCAAGUUUUUCUUAGUAUUC